UUUACAGAUAAUUAAAUCUUUGUUACAGUUAAGGCCUGAUUCUUAAAAAUUCUUAUGAUAUUCUAUAAUUUUGAUAGUUUUAACCUUCCUUGUUCUUUUGUUAUCUUAUAACAAAUUAUGCAUCCAGUGUAACGAUAGUUGCAGAGUGGUACAUCGCACAAAUGGUGGUAAAUCAGAAGUCUCACAUCAGAAUUAUAAAGUUUUCUCAUGCCAAACUGUUCAUUUUAUUUUCAACAAUCAAGCCAGCAAAUACCAGUUGUGGAGAUCUUUGUUGUUUUAAGGUCUGCCAGGACAUCAUGAAGAAGGAUAUUAGAAAAUAUUUCAACAUUUCAUGGCAAUUUAUCCCAUCUAAGAUUACAAUGUUUUGCUAUUAUGGAGCAAAAUACACACUGAUGUCGUAUCUGGUCAUAUUUUUUACCAGCUUUGGAUUAGAUCCACAACAAGCUGGAGUCAUUGCCAGCGUUCGUUCGGCAGUCCAAGUCAUUGGUAGCAUUGUAAUCGGUUGGCUGGUCGAUUAUACAAGAAGAUGUAAAUUGAUCCUGCUUUCAGCAAUUUUUUUAGCAGCCCUGUCAGUGUUAGUAAUGCCAUUUGCUGGAAACGUUAUUUCUUCAUCAAAUACUUUAAAAAAAGACAACACUAGUGUUAAUGUUACUUUGGAAAUCUUGAAUUCAAAUGGAGAUAAAAAUCUUCAGUUAUUCUGGACGUUUUUGAGUUGCUGCUUUGUGUAUGCGUUCUCUGAUGGCAUACAUGGAAUGGUAGAUGCUACAAUCAUGAAACUCACACACAUAAAAGGAAAAGGAAAAAGUACCUACAAUCAUCAAAGAUUAUGGGGUUCAAUUGGAUAUGGAUUUGUGCCUUUAGUAGCUGGGCUAGUCCUUGAACAAUGGCAUUCUAAGGGAUUUAUUCCAGUUCUUUAUCUCUUUGUUGCACUACAUGGUAUUUUAAUGGUGAGCUGUUACAUCAUGCUGAGAGGUGAUUCUUACGAUACAGAACAAAAUGAAGGGACUGAUUCAAAGGAAAAUCAAAAGGUUUUGAAACACCUGUGGGCAUCAAUAAAGCAAAUGGAUACAGUUGUUAUUAUGGUUAACAGUUUCUUGAAUGGAGUUGCUGGCGUCAUCCAAUUCGGCUUUAUUUAUCUACUCAUGCAGGAAGAAAUGUUCAAUGCUUCGAAAACAAUUAUGGGAUUCUCAUUUUUAGCAUCUUCUUUAACCGAAGCCAUGGUAGCACCGUUCAUAGGUAAAAUGUCCAAAUGUUUGGGUAGUCCUUAUGCAAGUAUGGCAUUGUCCCUAAUAGGUUAUGGACUGACGUUUUUAUUGUAUCAUUUUACAAAAAAUGCAAUUCUUGUUCUCCCUAUCAAUCUAAUUGCUGGUAUUACCUAUCCAGGAUUUAUAUACAGUGCACAGGACGAAUUGUAUCGACUGACACAUCCUAGCAGUUUAACAGUAAUGUUCACAAUUGAUCGCAGCGUUUAUAGCGGUAUUGGCGGUGGAAUGGCUGGUGUGGUUGGUGGUAGCUUGUUUAAGCAAUACGGCGGGCGUGUUAUGUAUUUGAUAUUUGCCGUAAUGUAUUUUGUAUCUGCUGUGCUGACCUACGCAUACGGAUAUUGCCGUAACGACAACAAAAAGCCUGUUUGGAUUACGAACCGUUUCAAGGACUGUGACAAUGAAGAAAAGCUAAUUUCUAAAACAGAAACCAUGAUUUAGCCGUACACAUCUUUAAUAUUUAGUUAAUAUUUAUUACUUAAUUUACCUUACCUAAAUAAACGCGGUUUAAAGCUAAACUCGUUUAACACUUUUGUGGUCACACAUGCUAUAAUUGUGUGUAACUUCUAUUGCCUAUUAUUAUUCAUCGGGUAUUACCUCAACAUCUAAACAUUUUUGUGUUACGACUGGGUGGUUAAAUCGAAAAUAAACUUGAAGAAGUUUCUUUUACGUAGAGAAUCAUAGGAGAAAAUAUAGCCAUACGUUUGGAAUUUUUGUAUCAACAGGCACAACAGUUACCGAAAACACCAAAGCAAAUCGCUUACUGAAACAAAAAAUAGCAUAAAAAAUGUCUACGUUAAUGUGGUACUCUUGAGAAUGAAGUGAACAUGACUGUCAAAGUGUUGCACGUAUUCUUUAAAGAUGCUGAUGAAACUUUCUAGUAGCAGUUUCUUAAUGUUUUGCCAAUUUUAGUAAAGUUUCUUUUUUAGUUUCUUAACCCUAUUCGGUCCAGGGUUUUUCGAACAUACUAUGACCGGGGGGCGGUGGAUUCCGCCUUACUUUUGUUCUAGAGCGAAUUUUUAACCUCUGUUUGGAGUUUCUGAAAGCUAAAUAAAAGUUAUUUAACAUAUCUUCCGGUUUUUACAUGGAUCGCAUGAAAAAUUGCCAAAAAUUGCCCAAAAAUCCGUUUUUUCCUAUUUUGGGGUAAAACCCGACAAAAUCGGGAAAUCAGAUUAGUCACGUGUCCAAAUUAUGCAAAACGAUUUUUCUUGAUAAAAAAGUAGUGUUGCAAGUUUCAAGUUUUAAGGAUAAUUCUAACAGGAGUUAUUAUAUUUUUCCCAUUAUAAGGAUUUCAGAGAUUUUUAGGGGUAGUUUCGAGUAAUAGCCAAUAUCAAAGUCUCUGAAAGGUAUGGGACCUAAAAAUCUGGCAUGCAGGUGUCUAAUAGAUAAAUAUUAAAACUCAGUAAGUACGAAGGUUAUCUGGUAAGAAGGUCAUCUGGUAAAUGACGAGGACCAAUUCGCAGCAACGGACUCCAAUAUGGAAGUAGCAAAUGUUGAAUUCAACAUAAUAGAUCAUAAUAGAUCAAAACUUUCAAUUGUUUCUAAUAAACGCCCCACGCUCUAAUU